AUUAGAAUUUUUAAAAUAAGUAGAUAAAAAUUUUCAAAUUAUUUUUAUUCGAUAUAUGUGUAUUUUAUGUUGCCUAUAUUUAAGGCGUUUAGUAAAUCACAUUUUAAAUUUCUUUGAAAGUGUGGUUAGAAAGUAGAAAAAAAUAAAAAUGUUUGCUUUUGCAGUAUAAAAAGGAUUUUUCAAAUACGUUUCUAGACAUACAUAGAAAUAAUUUAUAAUUAUGGAAUUUGUACAAAAUUCAGGAUCCAGUUUGGAACCUCCUUGCAAAGAAAUUAUCGAAGAUAUUGAAGAUUUGAUUUCCUCGCAGGAUAUAACUCCUAAGGAGAGAUAUAAUUCAAAGAAGCAUGUGAAAGUAAAAGCCAGAAAGAAAAACAAUGAAGAAAACAUACCUGUUCCAUUAGGUGACAAUAUUCCAGGAGUCCAAAACAUUUAUGUAAAAACCUGGGGCUGUGCCCAUAACAGCUCAGAUUCAGAGUAUAUGGCUGGUCAGUUGAGUGCUUACGGGUAUAAACUUACCGAUAAUAAAACUGAUGCUGACUUAUGGUUAUUAAACAGUUGUACUGUUAAAAACCCAGCUGAAGAUCAUUUUAGGAAUGAAAUUGAAUCGGCUAAAAAGCUUGGUAAACAUGUAGUUUUAGCUGGUUGUGUUCCACAGGGUGCUCCCAAGUCGUCUUUUGUUCAAGGAUAUAGUAUAAUUGGAGUUCAGCAAAUUGACAGGGUUGUUGAAGUUGUUGAAGAAACGCUUAAAGGGAACACAGUUAAAUUAUUAGGACCCAAAAAGGAAAAUGGUAAAAAAAUUGGUGGAGCAUCUUUGCUCUUACCAAAAGUAAGAAGGAAUCCUCUAAUAGAAAUUAUAGCUAUCAAUACAGGCUGUCUUAAUCAAUGUACCUACUGCAAAACCAAACACGCUAGGGGUGAACUAGGUAGUUAUCCACCAGAAGAAAUAGUAGCCAGGGCUAAACAAGCUUUUGAAGAGGGGGUAGUGGAAAUAUGGUUAACUUCAGAAGAUACAGGAACUUAUGGUAGAGAUAUAGGUACAUCCCUUCCUGAGUUGUUAUGGAAAUUAGUUGAAGUAAUUCCAGAGGGGUGCAGGUUACGAUUAGGAAUGACCAAUCCUCCGUAUAUCUUGGAACAUUUAGAAGAAAUAGCCAAAAUAAUGCAGAAUAACAGAGUUUAUAGUUUUUUGCAUGUUCCAGUUCAGAGUGGAAGUGAUCAGGUACUGGCCGACAUGAAGCGGGAAUAUUCUAGAGAAGAUUUCGAACAUGUUGUAAAUUUUCUAAGAGAAAAGGUUCCAGGAAUGACAAUAGCUACAGAUAUUAUAUGUGGUUUUCCUACAGAGACUGAAGAAAACUUUGAAGAUACCAUGUCUCUGUGUAAAAAAUAUAAAUUUCCUAGUUUAUUCAUUAAUCAGUUCUUCCCAAGACCCGGCACACCAGCUGCUUUGUUACCCAGGGUGGACCCUCAAGAAGUAAAGGCUCGAACAAAAAGGCUUACAGAACUGUUUUAUGCCUACACACCUUAUGAUCAUAAAGUGGGCGAACUACAAGAAAUUUUAGUUACAGAGAUAUCACAUGAUAAGAAACAUUAUGUUGGUCACAAUAAAUUCUAUGAGCAAGUUUUGAUUCCAAUGAAUGGGAAAUUUAUGGGAAAACUCGUGAAGGUGAAAAUAUUAAGCGCCUCUAAGUUUUCCAUGAUGGGACAACCACAAAGUGACUUGGUAAUGCCAGGGCUGGCACAUCCAUUGGACAAAGGCGUUGUAUCUGGGGUUACCAUUAAUAAACCUAAUAAUAAGAUUUGGGUACCAAUUAUUUUGGUGAUUGUGAGUGCCUUGAUAAAAUUUCUCCUUAGAUACUUUUAACAUAAAGUUAUCAAGAACUUGUUGACAUUACAUCAGUGUGAGCAGUAAACUUUGGAUACAUGACCUAUAACAUUGAAUAAUUCAUGAUAAUUGAUCUUGUAUAAAAAAUACCCGAGAUUCAAUAUGCUGCUUAUUGCAUUUGUUUUACUUGUAUAUUUAUUAAGUAAUUAAUAUGUAUUUAAUUAAAUAUGUUUUGUUUU